UAGUUCGCUCCAGCUCUUGAAAUCAGAACAAUGACUCCAGUUCAGCGGCAGCGGAGUCAGUAGAAUGCACUAUCAUACGCGAUUUUUGCCAAGAGGAGCUGUUUUUUAAAUACUUUUCAAUGCACAAACAGUAAAUAUGUGGAUACCCACAGAACACGAAAAAUACGGCGUCGUGCUGGCCAGCUUUCGCGGGACGCUUCAGCAUGGAUUAUCCCUGGAGAUCGGGGACACGGUGCAGAUUCUGGAGAAGUGUGAAGGCUGGUACAGGGGGUUUGUUCUGAAGAAUCCAAAUGCCAAGGGGAUCUUCCCAGCGAGCUACAUUCACUUGAAAAAUGCUCAAAUCAAGAACAAAGGGCAGUUCGAGACGGUCAUUCCCACCGAGGACGCGGUCAUCACCGAGAUGACAUCAACGCUGAGAGACUGGGGUGCCAUGUGGAAGCAGCUUUACGUGAAGAACGAAGGGGACCUGUUCCACCGGCUGUGGCACGUGAUGAACGAGAUCCUGGACCUGCGGCGGCAGGUUCUGGUGGGCCACCUCACCCACGACCGCAUGAAGGACGUCAAGCAGCACAUCACCGCCCGCCUGGACUGGGGCAACGAGCAGCUGGGCCUGGACCUGGUCCCCAGGAAGAACUUCAGUAUGGUGGACCCGGAUGACAUCAGCGUCACGGAGCUCUACAAACUGAUGGAACACAGGCAUAGGAAGAAGGAAACUCCGGUUCCUGUGAGCACGCAUCACCUGUUCGUCCACAUGAAGAGCCUGAUGAGCUCCAACCUGGGCGAGGAGCUGGAGGUCUUCUUCUACAUCUACGACAGCAGAGAGUGUCGACCGCUCAGCGAAAGGUUCUUUGUGAGGCUCAAUAAACAAGGAGUCCCCAAAUCCCCGGAGAAGACGGAGAGACAGUGCACCCUUUUUGUGGAUCUUGGGAGCAGCGAUCUAAGGAAAGAUGUAUAUAUCGUAGUUCAUAUUAUUAGAAUAGGGCGGAUGGGCGCGGGGGAGAAGAAGAACGUGUGCAGCGUGCAGUACAGACGGCCCUUCGGCUGCGCCGUGGUCAGCAUCGCCGACCUCCUGACCGCCGACUCCAAGGACGACCACCUCCUCAAGGUUUACACAUGCAACACGGAAAGCGACUGGUAUCAGAUACACGAUAACAUCAUUCGCAAGGUUAACUCCAGAUACAACCUCUCUGGCUCCAACACUGGCCUUGCGGUGUCUCUCCAGCUGCUCCACGGGGACAUCGAACAGAUCCGGAGGGAGUACAUGGCGCUCUUCACCCGGGGCGUGUCCAUCACCAACAAACUGGGCUUCUCCGAGGUCAUAAUGCCAGGUGAGAUGAGGAAUGACCUGUACAUUACUCUGGAAAGAGGAGAGUUUGAAAAAGGUGGCAAGAGUGUGGCCAGAAAUGUGGAGGUCACCGUGUAUGUGCUGGACAGCAGCGGGCAGAUGCUCAAGAACUAUGUCUGCGCAGGUUCCGGAGAGCCGGGGGGCGACGAGUACCACUCCUUCGUGCUGUACCACAACAACAGCCCCAGGUGGAUGGAGCAGAUCAAGCUGCCCAUCCCCGUGGACAUGUUCCGGGGGUCCCACGUCCGCUUCGAGUUCCGGCACUGCUCCACGAAAGAGAAGGGAGAGAAGAAGCUGUUCGGCUUCUCCUUUGUCCCGCUGAUGCAGGAGGAUGGACGAACGCUCCCAGACGGCACUCACGAGCUCAUCAUACACAAGUGUGAAGAGAAUGCUAACCUCCAGGACUCUGCGCGCUACCUCAAGCUUCCUUUCUCCAAAGGAAAUCUCCCCGGAAACAACCAGGCUGCGAAGAGCACCAAGGAGUCCCUCUGGAUAACGUCUUUCCUCUGCUCCACUAAGCUCACACAGAACGGUGAUAUGCUGGAUUUGCUGAAGUGGAGGGCCCACCCAGAGAGGAUCAAUGACAGUCUGACCAAGCUGAAGGAGAUCGAUGGUUCAGAGAUCGUCAAGUUUUUGCAGGACACCCUGGAUACGCUCUUUGGCAUCUUGGAUGAAAAUUCUCAGAGAUACGGGCUGAAGGUUUUUGACUGCCUUGUUCACAUUAUAAACUUGCUGCAGGACAGCAAAUUCCAGCAUUUUAAGCCUGUCAUGGACACCUAUAUUGAAAGUCACUUUGCGGGAGCUCUGUCAUACAGGGAUCUCAUUAAGGUGCUGAAGUGGUAUGUGGACCGCAUCGUGGAUGCAGAGCAUCAGGAGCACAUCCAGCAGGUCCUCAAGGCUACAGAGUACAUCUUUAAGUACAUUAUUCAGUCACGCCGCCUGUUCUCCCUGGCCACCGGCGGCCAGAACGAGGAGGAGUUCCGCUGCUGUGUCCACGAGCUCUUCAUGUCCAUCCGCUUCUUCCUGUCCCAGGAGAGCAAAGGGGUCAGCCCUGUCACCCAGACCCAGGCGGUGUUCUUGAGGACGUUCCCCGCGGUGUACUGCGAGCUGCUGAAGAUCUUCUCGGUGCGGGAGGUGGCCACCUUCGUGCGGGAGACCCUGGGCAGCCUGCCUGUCCUCAUGCACGCUGACUGCCCCCUGGAGGCUGUCAAGCUGCAGUGCAUCGCCAAGACUGUGGAGAGCCAGCUCUACACCAACCCCGAGUCCCGCUGCAUCCUUCUGCCCGUGGUGCUGCGCCACCUGCAGGCCCACAUGCAGGAGCAGAGAGACGUGGUGAUGUGCGCCCGCAUCCUCAGCAGCAUGUUCUCCCUCAUCAGGAAGGACAGCGCGGACAUAGCAGCCUCCGAAGAGGUGGCGAUGAUCGUGGAGAGUCUGCUGAGUGUGCUGCUAAGGACGAUAUUAGAGAUCACCAACCGGCCCCAGCCGGCGGGAACCGCCCUGCGGCUGCAAUAUCAGGACGUCACGGGAGAGUUUGUGGCCUGCCUCCUGGCUCUUCUGAGACAGAUGACAGAUAAACACUUCCAGCAACUUUUGGAAAGGUUCUCCACUAAGGAUGACUUGAGGGAUUUCCUCCUGCAGAUCUUUACUGUCUUCCGGAUUCUAAUCCGGCCGGAAAUGUUCCCAAAAGACUGGACUGUCAUGCGGUUGGUCACCAACAAUGUCAUCAUUACAACGGUGCUGUACCUGUCUGAUGCUCUGAGGAAGAACUUCCUGAAUGAGAAGUUUGAUUACAAGGUGUGGGACUCCUACUUCUUCCUCUCUGUCCUCUUCAUCAACCAGCCCUGUCUGCAGCUGGAGGGCUUCUCCCCAUCCAAGAGGAAGAAGGUUCUGGAAAAGUAUGGGGAUAUGCGCGUGAUGAUGGGCUGUGAGAUCUUCAGCAUGUGGCAGAAUUUAGGGGAGCACAAGCUGAACUUCAUCCCGGCCAUGAUCGGCCCGUUCCUGGAGGUGACCCUGGUCCCUCAGCCGGACCUCCGCAACGUCAUGAUCCCCAUCUUCCACGACAUGAUGGACUGGGAGCAGAGGAGGAGUGGCAAUUUCAAGCAGGUGGAGGCCAAGCUGAUCGACAAGCUGGACAGCCUGAUGUCAGACGGAAAAGGAGACGAGACCUACAGAGAGCUGUUCAACAGCAUAAUACCUCUGUUUGGGCCGUACCCUAGCCUGCUGAAGAAGAUCGAGAGGGAGACGUGGCGGGAGAGCGGCAUCUCUCUGAUCGCCACGGUGACCCGGCUGAUGGAGCGGCUGCUGGAUUACAGGGACUGCAUGAAGCUGGGAGAGGUGGAUGGGAAAAAGAUCGGCUGCACCGUUAGCCUGCUGAAUUUCUACAAAACAGAGCUGAACAAAGAGGAAAUGUACAUACGCUACAUCCACAAGCUGUACGACCUGCACCUGAAGGCACAGAAUUACACAGAGGCCUCCUAUACGCUGCUGCUGUACGAUGAACUGCUGGAGUGGUCAGAGCGCCCCCUACGGGAGUUCCUCAACUACCCCAUGCAGAGCGAGUGGCAGAGGAAAGAGUACCUGCACCUCACCAUCAUCCAGAACUUCGACAGGGGCAAGUGUUGGGAAAAUGGCAUCAUUUUGUGCCGGGAGCUGGCGGAUCAGUACGAGGCGUACUACGACUACCGGAAUCUCAGCAAAAUGAGGAUGAUGGAAGCCUCCUUAUAUGACAAAAUCAUGGACCAGCAGCGCCUGGAGCCCGAGUUCUUCAGAGUGGGCUUCUAUGGCAAGAAGUUCCCCUUCUUUCUAAGAAACAAAGAGUUUGUGUGCCGGGGUCACGACUACGAGCGCCUGGAGGCCUUCCAGCAGCGCAUGCUCAACGAGUUCCCCCACGCCAUCGCCAUGCAGCACGUCAACCAGCCCGACGACACCAUCUUCCAGGCUGACGCUCAGUACCUGCAGAUCUACGCGGUCAGCCCCAUCCCGGAGACCCAGGACGUGCUGCAGAGGGACGGGGUGCCAGACAACAUCAAGAGCUUCUACAAGGUCAACCACAUCUGGCGCUUCCGCUACGACCGGCCCUUCCACAAAGGAGCCAAGGACAAGGAGAACGAGUUCAAGAGCCUGUGGGUGGAGCGGACCACACUGACUCUGAUACAGAGCCUGCCUGGCAUCUCCCGCUGGUUCGAGGUGGACAAACGCGAGGUGAUAGAGAUGAGUCCCCUGGAGAACGCCAUUGAGGUGAUGGAGAAUAAGAACACUCAGCUGAGGACGCUGAUCUCCCAGUGCCAGGCGCGUCAGAUGCACAACAUCAACCCCCUCACCAUGUGCCUCAACGGAGUCAUCGACGCCGCCGUCAACGGAGGACUCACCCGCUACCAGGAGGCAUUCUUUGUGAAGGACUACAUCGCAAAUCACCCGGAGGACGGGGAGAAGAUCGGGCGGCUCCGGGAGCUCAUGUUUGAGCAGGCCCACAUUCUGGAAUACGGCCUGGCUGUGCAUGAGAAAUUCGUACCACAGGACAUGAGACCUCUGCACAAGAAGCUGGUGGAUCAGUUUCACCUGAUGAAGUCAAGUCUGGGAAUACAGGAGUUUCCUCCGUAUGUGCGUGCCAGCCCGGUCCACUUCACCAACGGCAGCCCACGCACCUGCCGCAACUCAGUGCCUAACGCCAUCAGCCCGGAGGGUGCCCGCGUGGUGGCGAGACGCAGUCCCCUCAGCUACCCGGCUGUGAACAGGUACUCCUCCUCCUCGCUGUCGUCCCAGGCCUCCAACGAAGUGAGCAACAUCACCGGCCAGUCGGAGAGCUCGGACGAAGUCUUCAACAUGCAGCCAAGCCCGUCUACCUCAAGCCUGAGUUCGAACCACUCUGCCUCUCCGAAUGUGACCAGCUCCGCUCCGUCCAGUGCUAGAGGGUCCCCGCUGCUGUCAGACAAACACAAGCAUUCCCGAGAGAACUCCUGCCUUUCGCCCCGGGACCGGCCCUGCAGUGCUGUCUUCCCAAACCCCCUGGACCCCUCACAGAGAGUGCUGCCACAUCAGAUAGGGGACAACUCCUUACCACGGAGUGACCCAAAUCUCUCCACUCCAGAGAAAGUGGUGAACCCCACCCCGAGUAGCUGGAGUCUAGACAGUGCUAAAGAAGCUAACACGCAAUUAUCAGACACUGUUGGAAAGUUGGUAUCACCCCCUGUCCCUCCUAGGCCACCGUACCCAGGGUCGCCAGCGAGGAAGCUGAGGUCACUGUCUCCUGUCCCCGCGCCAAGGUCUCCACAAAAGAACGCUGUGCCCCCCUUCACCCCGUCCCCGACCGAGUGCCAGUCGGCGGGGCUGGUGUCCAACUCGCCGGCGCUGUCCGGGAGCUACAGCAGCGGCAUCUCCUCGCUUAGCCGCUGCAGUGUGUCGGAGACGUCCGGGAUCGAGGCCGCGCCGGGAGAGCCCGCGCUCACCACCUCCGUCUCCAGCGGCUCUGAUGAGCUCAUCCGCCGCGAGAACAAGACCCCGCCCCCCUACAGCGUGUACGAGCGCACCAACCCCCGCCGCCCCGUACCCCUACCUCACAGCCUGUCCGUCCCGCCCAGCGCCGAACCCCCCGCCCUGCCGCCCAAACCCCACCAGCUCCGCACCGGCAAGGGCGAGCCCUUCCCACGCCCCCGGCCCCUCCCCAGAAAGGUGUCGCAGCUGUAGCCAUGGCGACCCCCCAGCACGUUUUGCACUCCAACACUUUCGGGGGUUCGGUGACCCCGAGUCUCCAGAGGAACGAAGAAGAGAGGAGAAUGAAGAGUUCUUUUUAGA